AAGAGUCGUCUCCAUCUCUAGGAAGUAAAGGCUGCAGCAACCCUAGCAGCCUAGAAGAGGUGUCUGUGUCUCAAUGGCGACCACGGGAACUAGCGGCAGCGGCGGGAAAAGCCAGGACGGCGAGACGUCCGUCACCUACUAUCGGAUGGAGGAGGUGGCGAAGCACAACACCGCGAAGGAAACGUGGCUGGUGAUUCACGGGCGAGUCUACGAUGUCACCCGCUUCCUCAACGAGCAUCCUGCUGGAGAAGAGGUUCUGCUGGAACAGGCUGGUACCGAUGCAAGCGAAAGCUUUGAAGAUAUAGGCCACUCCUCCGAUGCCAGAGAGAUGCUGAAGCAGUACUACAUUGGUGACGUCCACCCGAAUGACCUUAAACCCAAUAGUGGUAAAAAGGAUCCUUUGAAAAACCAUACGUGCAAAAGUUGCUGGGCAUAUUGGAUUCUCCCCAUUGUCAGCGCGGUCCUCAUAGGUGUCCUAUAUCGCUACUACAAGAUGGAAAGCAAAUCUUGAGACCUGCUGAAGCCUGGGAACACAUCUUGGGAGUGAGAAGUAGAGACUUGCUUUGGGAGCUGCAGCAGUGGCCCCUCCUUGAUUCCUGCCCAAUCGUCUUUGAAGCCAGGAUGGUUGGCCACAUACCCACCUUCAAUCUGGGACCAAAAUCCUUCAUUUUCCAGAGCCUUACUCUCAAAGCACCUGCACACUUGCUCUAUCUUCCCCAGGGCAUCUUCCCUGGUUUCCACAACUACCUUACAUUUCACACACUUAUGUUAAUGAUUUCAAUUCUUACGAUGUAGUGACGUUGUUUGAUUAAAAAAAAAAAAGCCUGAUGUUUAA